AUGCAUGGAUUUCAGUCUCUUAUUUCUGAUUGUGAACUUGAUGACCUGGCAUAUGUGGGACCGUAUUUCACCUGGUGGGACAAUCAAGGGGACAAUCCCAUAGGUAAAAAACUGGAUAGUGCAGUAGUAAAUGGGGCGUGGGGACAAUUUUUUCCAAACUCCUUCGCAAGCUUUGAGACUUGUGGUGUUUCUGACCACUGUCGGUGCAGUGUCAGCCUCUCUCACCAAGUGCAUACUGCUCGUCGACUUUUCAAGUUCUUCACUUAUCUUGGGGAUUCGCCAAAGUUCCAUUCGACAGUUCAGCAAGUUUGGGACGCCUUUGAGCCUCUCUACCACUCCAGAUCAGCUCUCUUCCUUUAUCACAAGAAACUUAAAAAGCUAAAAUUCAGUUUGCGAUCUUUGAACCAGGAGAAAUAUGGUGAUAUUCCAAAGAGGACUAGAGAGGCUUUCGAUGCAUUAUGUGACUGCCAAAACGAGGCUUUGACGUCGCCUAGUGCUGAAUCUUUUGCGGCGGUAUCUGAGGCUAUUGACUAG